UCAGUUCAUUCCUCCGUAAACCCUCGCCGCCCAGUUCCGUCCUGCUCCUCCACCCCCUCCCCGUCGCCGGCGCCGCCGCGGUGAAGAAACUUCGCCGAUGUCUUUGUCCCGCCUUGGGCAGUCGCUGGUCCGCCGCCUCCACCGGCCUCUCCACCUUCCUCCGCAGCCGCCGCCAGAUCACCAUGCCGCCGUUUCCCGAUCUUUAGCUCUGAACCACGCGAAUACAUGUGUCAGAGGUUUUGCGAGCUUAACAUACAGCGGUGGCAACACGAUUGCUGGCAAGUUUGGAGGGCCGUCCUCUGUCCACGCUGUUCAGGUUCUGGAUCUUGUAGCCCACCUAAAUCAUGCAAGGCCAAUGUCGUCAGGAGCAGCGGCACCAGCACCAGCACCGGAAGGGCCACCCGCAACAGCACCAUCAGUGUCAAAAGGCGUUCCUGUUGGUGCUCGGAAGGUUGGUUUGAAAGUUGUCAUGAUGAGCCCUGGUUUUGUUUAUGAGCCAUACAGCCCCCGGGAACCUAUUUCAUUUUGGAAACGAUUGUUUACACGAAGUGGCUGGAGUAGAACAAAGGAGGAUGUUAUUCUGGAGAUGAAGAAUGCAUAUGCUGUGUCAAGAUUGAGGAAGAAAACCGGAUAUACCAAAAAGCAGUUCUAUGAUCAAGCGUUUAAGAUAUACAAGGAGGUUAACACACUUUUCGCACGAGGAGACAUAUCAUCUCUCCGGAAAACUCUGACAGAUAAUAUGCAUUCUGCUAUGAAAAAUGAAAUAAAGAGAAGACAAUCCAAGUGGAAGUCUGUACACUGGGAAUUGGUUGAGCCUGCUAUAAGCAUAAGAACUUUGAGGGCUCGUAUGAUUGGUCUUGAUAAGAAUGACCAUGACAAAGCCUUCAUACAGCUUACGCUUGAGUUCGUCACUAAGCAGAAAUAUGAAGCCUAUAAUUCAAAAGGAGCGGUUGUGUCAGGCGACAAGUCAAAGGAGGUACUCGUGAAAGAGAUAUGGGUGUUUGAAAGAUCCCUUUUUCACCCUGAUGCACAAUGGCGUCUAUGUGGGCAGAUUAAGGUGUGAUAAUCUCUUGGCAGGCAGGCACAUUCGAUCCUACAUGAGCUGAGCGAUGGCUUUUCUUGUGCACAGUAGUUCCAAUAAACAUUAUCUUGUCAUCCUUUUGUUCCUCCUAUCUAACUGAUGUCUAACAAGAUCUUCAGACACGCCUAGACAGUAUUGGUAGGUUUUUUCUUGCUCCUUGGGAAUUGUCGCUGAAUAUGCGUGUCUUCCCCCACUCAUUAGGGAAGUACCCUUGGGCAUACUCCUUGAGUAUUGUAUCUUGGGAAGUUUUGGUUACUGUUUCCAGGUUUCUUGGCAUUGCGGGGUAAUAAACUCAUUGUAACCCGUGCAAUUCAUGUGCUCUGCUGUGCUCUUGCACCGUUGUUCAA